GACUCGACUGAAUCUGCUCAUUUUAGAAAGUGUUCUUGCUCCGUCCAAGCAUUAAGUGAGCGCUAUAGCCUAUUCUCCAACUGCUUGGGUAAUAUCAGGAUGACCCAUUUCAGGGGCUGGCAAAAAUACAAUUUAAAACAGUCAAGGGGAUCAAGCCUUCAGGGAGUCUGAUGAAGAGCGUCUGUGCUUGAAAUGUCUCUGGUGAGAUAAAAAUAAAUUUUUGCAUUUUUGGAGUCGUUUUCUCAUGGAACCACUUGGUGAUUUCAAGAUUUACUAGAUCUUUUGUGGCACAUUCGUUUCUCACAGUGUAAGAAAAACAUGCAACAUGCUGAAAAAUCCCAUAAAUUAAACUCGCUGGGCAGAAAAAUAUUUGUAAUUUAUUACUGAAUUAUAAAUUGCUGUGGUUUGAAUGUGAGACUUCAAAUGUGUAUGUUCAGUGAUCUUGUGACACGAUGCAGCAUUUGUUCACUGCAGAAGUCAGACUUUUAGAGAUGAGUGUAUGUGAAGAGGGUCGAAAGGUUUCGGGCAGCUGGUGUGCAAAAACCCCUCCCAUUUUUAAGCACAUAAAAGGCAAAUGAAACAUUGUUCAUUUUUGUUCCGUCACAAGAUGCAUCUGCAAGUCUCCAUUGUUCUUCUUUUCAUUCUUCUCACUGGAGGAUUCUGUCUAGUCUGUUAUGAAUGCCAGGGUCCAAAAGGAAGUCCUUGUGAAGAAAAUAUGACAUGUGAUGAUGAACAUAGCAUGUGCGCAACUAAAAGAAUAAUAGAAUAUAGCAGCCCAGAAUAUGGAGACAAAGUGACAGAGACCACAGAGAGAAGUUGUGCAACACCAGAUGACUGUGAAUCUUGGUACAUUACAACAGGCAACUGGAACAAAUCAGUUUCUAUCCAGUGCUGCGACACCGACUUGUGCAAUGAACAAGUUGACAUAGAUUUUUACUUUGAUUAUGAUGUUUAUCAUGUUUCUUAUGAUCAUGAUGAGAAGAAAUGUUUCGCUUGUGAUGAGGAUGAGGAGGACUGCUCACACAUAAAGAGUUGUAUGGAGGAUGAAGACUACUGCUUUACUGCAAAGAGAAAUCAGUCACACACUCUAAAAGGAUGUGCCUCUAAAUACAUCUGUGAUGAUCUGCUAAAAUGGUUAAGACCUGGUCGUAGUAUCACAUGUUGUGAGGGUUAUCUGUGUAACGGCACUCAGAGCGUCUCUCAGAGCUUGCUGUUCCUCUGCUGGUCUCUGCUCUUCUUCAUCCUGCUGCACUGAAUCCAGCAGCAAAGACCCUCCACAUCAGCCAGAAUGUAAUAAAUGACUGUGUUAAGCAAAAUAAAGCAUUCAUUUUCUAAGAUCAUUUGAUAUAAUGAACGUCAAAAAUACACUGGGGUCUAAAACACAUUGAAAAUGUAGGAUAAUUCAAAAAUUAUAAUACUAA